CUCCGGCUAACUUGACACCGCUUGGGGAGCGGAGCGGUAGAGCGGAGGGGCCCCGGUCGUUUUCCCAAUGCUGGUGAGCCGGGAAGCAGGAACCGCGGGCGGCGGGGAGGCGGCUGCCGGGCCGCCGGCUCCGUCGCGCCAGGCACGCCGCGAGGAGGAGACGCCUUCCGGCCGCGCUGGGUGUCGUCUCACCGGCCUGGUCAACUGGAGGCAGAGACCUUGCAGGACUUCAGCUCUGUUUGCUGCAGCCAACGCGGCGUUCUGGUUUGUGGCCUUCAGCUCUUUCCGAGCCUACAGCCUCCUGGCCCUCCUGCUGGCUGUGCUGGUCGUCUUGGUGACCAUCAGUGACAUCGCUCGGUCCAGAUACACAGGAGCUCACUUAUGGUGCAGCAUGACUGCAAGCUGGGAGAUCAUUGACUCAGACCGGGAUAGCCGGUCUGGGACUGGACCUCAGCUCGGCGACUCCCUCAAACUUUUCCUUCAGGAGACAUCAGCUUUCAAACAGCAAAACCCAGGCAAGUUUUGCCUGCUGGUUUGCAGUUUGUGCACCUUCUUUGCUGUCUUAGGACGCUACAUUCCAGGGAUUGUUAUCUCAUAUAUUCUAGUGCUGGGCGUUUUCCUCUGGCCUCUGAUUUCUUUUCAUGAGGUUGGUUUGUGGCUGGAGCCAGUUCUGCAGAAGCUGGACUUUGGCAUUGGGGAGUUCCUUCAGAAAAUCAAAGAGAACCAUGAGAGGAGAAUCAUGCAGGCUCAGACUGAGAAGGAGGGCAUCGAGUCAGACCUCUCCUCCAUGUUUCCCAAGCUCGACUCCACAGUGUGCAAGGAAAUGUCUGUGUCAGACACAGAGGUGUCUGAUGUGACGUGGACGGACAACGGUACUUUCAACCUGUCGGAAGGACACACACCACAGACCGAAAACUCAGAGGACCUCGACAGAGAAGAAGCGUUCACUGGUGGCCUUCCAGAAUUCCCUUCGCUUGACAACGGCGCAACAACCAAUGGCGACGACGAAGAUGACCUCAGCCUCGGCCUUCCCUUGCCUCCACCCCAGCCCCAACAGCCAAUCAAAUCCAAGUGUGCACCUGCUACCGACAAAGCUCUCGAAUUGGUCAACCAGAUGGCGGGAGACUUCAUCGCCGCCACGGUCACAGCUGCCAUCCAGGAGAGAAUAGAAGCAGCAGUCGGCUUCACAGCGCUGAGCAACGACCCGGAGCGGUCAAGACUCCCAGAAUCCACCAGGCUGCUGGAGCUGGCCGAGGAGUCAGACAGCGAGGUGGAGGACUUUGAGCUGCUGGACCAGUCGGAGCUGGAGCAACUGGAGGGCGAGCUGGGGCUGGGGGAGGAGAAGGCCCGAGCCAAAGAGGAGGCACAGGGCAAAAGUGACAAGUCGGCCUCAACUGGAUUCUUCACCAAACUCCUCAGACGCCACUGAUGGAUGAAAAAUGAUGUGUUCCGGUAACAGAGGACUGACGGGGGUUGUGAGAAAACAACGUUUCCAUUUAUGUUUUUCCUGUAGUGCUAACUUCACUUUAACUUCAUUUCAAAACUGGUCAGUCUGAAAUUCUGAGGUGGAAGUGAUGUCGCUUUAAUCAGACUCAUCUUCACCGAAUGCAGAGAUCAGACUACACACUAUCUGCCUGCUAAUGGCCUGACCUGACAGACGUGGGAGCGAAAAUGGUCUCAGAGAAUCACACAAGAUCAGUGAAGGAUUAAAUCCUGGUACUGUGCUUAUAAAUAUUUAGUGAAGGUAUCCACCCUGUGCCAGCUGUGCGUACACUUACCUGAGGUUGGUGUAAGAAGGAGGAAACAUAGGUGAAAACAAUUCUCUGAAAAUGUGGAGGACGCUGCAGUUUUAUUUACUCAUCUGUUUAUCUUUAACGUUUAUUUUGUUCCCUGCUUUUCGCUCCUACAGUUUUCGCCCAUUCUGCCCAGCAGCCAGCACAGAGCGCAUUUCUUUAGCCUACUGCUGAGCCUCAUCACUGUGUGUUAGGUCGGGUCAGGAGAGAUAAUCACAGGUAACGAGUCAGUUCAGUUCAGAGGUUUGCAGAUUUGCAGCAGGUUUGCAAAACUGGAAAUAUGCAGGUCUCUGGAUGGAAGACGAAGACGAUUUUUUUUUUUUGCAUAAAGACAAAAAAGACAGAAUGCUGUGUGUUGAUGUGUGGCUAAUGCACACAGUGACCUUUAUAAAACAGAAAUAUUGUGUAGUCUGAUCCCAGCAGGCUGUUGAUUGGGUUUUAUCAGUUGCUGUGGUUACAUUUGUCCUUUGAAUGUAACUUCUUCUAUAUUUUAUUGAUGAAACAAAUUUAGCGUUUAUAAGCUGCAUAUACACAAAUAAUGAAUGUUUAUACACUUAAAAUGUCCUGAUAUCUACUUGCAGCUCAAUUAUAGUUCGACACCCCUCGUUAUAAAUGAUAAAUGCUUAACAGGGGGGUUAAAUUAAUGUGAUAGAAAUAAAUGUGUUCUGAAAUUUCCUCUGGACUCGAGGCACAGUUUUCAAAACUGAAACCGACAAGCUCUAAAAAAAACACAUGCAUUUCCCCAAAGACUGCACUUUCAACGUGAAUGUAUCCCAAAAUGGUAUCGUAAAGACCCGUUAACUGCAGCUAAAUGUCUAUUUUACCUGUGACCCCAGGUGAUAUUCUUGCUAAAGACUCUCUGUUAUUUGUUAUUAUUAUUAUUAUUAUUAUUAUUUUCUGACUGACUGGCUUGAGUUCUGAAACACUCCAGCCACUGCUGCUCACAACACACCUAACAUUCACUCUGAUUCUGAAUCCAACUACAUUACCCAGAAUUCCAUAAAGCUCAACCUGAAUGACAAUCACUAGGUAAUCAAAUCACCUUUAAUGCUUAAAAUAUUACUGGUUGGAUAGUUGACAGAUUAAAAAGUAAGAAGCCUUUAUUUUGUACUGUUUUUUAAUUAUUAUUUGCUUUUUGUAAGUUCUACGUUUGUUUGUUUUGUUUGUUUUGUUUUUUCCAUGAAACAUUUAUGAAGUCGAGACACUUUAUUACAAUAUGCAGCAGGUCUCAACAUACUGUGCAUGGAAAUCUCAUUUUGAGGCAUAAAUAUUCUUAAACAUAAACAUUUUACUUCCAGUGCUUCCUACCCCAUGGACUUCACGUUUCACCGUAGCCUUGUGGCUGUACCAGAUGCUACCCCAGUUAGCAUCUGGCUGAGGACCGUUGAUGAAGAGAGAGACAAUCCAGGAACAGUCCACAGUGCAUACGGACCGGAGACAGUGAGAUUUGGCCCAAAUUAGACCCGACCCUAAAUGCAGUGGUUGUUAGACAAGACCUGCAGCUAAUGAACAGGAAUCUGUGAGAUCCGAUCAGACUUGGGAUCUGGCCCGACUCAAGUUCCUGCUAAGUCUCAGCAACUUGGAACCAAGUGAGCCCGUGAAGAUCCACGAUUACACACAGAAGAGUCAAAUGUAUUAUUAGUGCACUGAAAGUCAAAUGUUAUGAGAUGACAUGUUUCCAUUUGCACCUUGAUUAUUAUUUAACGCUGCAUCUACGCAGGUAAUUCUGCUGUGUCAAGCAUCACAUGUGGAUUCAGAGAAUGAAGAAGAAGAAUGACUGAACUGUUUCUUUCAACAUGCCUUGUACAUUAAAAGACAUUGUUCUCAUAAUGAAGACAUGCAGCAAUGUUUAAUGUGUCCUGUUGAAAUAAUCAUGUAAAACCUCGUCCUAUCAUAACCGUAAAGAUGAUAUAGAAGUAUUUGUUUCUCAGUGCCUAAGAAGACUUUGUAGUGGCUGCAGUUCAUUUUAGCUCACAUGUAAUAACUGUAUAAGACAAAGACAACUUGUGAAUAAACACUAAAUAAAGACCCUUUUAAAAAUGAGUUAAACUGAUAAACUGGUUCUUUUUUUUUUUCAUUAAACUUCCAGUUGGAUCAAAGUGGUUUCCAUGGCAGUUGCCUAAAAGUGAGAAAUCCCUUGAGCCUGUUUCAGAGAGAUGUUGGUGGGUUAGAAGCAAAACGCAUUAACUCAAUGUACUUUUAUGUAAUUAAACUCAAGAACGUGAAUAAAAUGU